AUGGUUCGGGGGCUGGAGCCGCAGGAGGAAGGAGCCUGCAGAGUCGAGCUCUCAGCAACUGGGACUUUUACAAGGUGUAAGACACCCCCACUGGCUGGCUCCUCCCCCCCAGCCCCAGGACGUUUCUACCUCCGAUCUCCCCUAUGGGGGGAGCCCCAGGGCCCUCUGCAAACUGUCUCCUCACCCCCGCGAGAGCCAGUCUCCCCGUCCACAAGUCCUGAAGCCCUGGCAGCCACGGGCACCUCAGUCACGGGUCUCCUUCCCCAUACACCUGAGCCAUCCCCAGAAGUAACAUCGCCCACCAGCGGCCCAGGGGCCCCGACAGCUGAGGGCACCCCCACCGUCAGGGAAAUGCUGGCAGCCGCCACCGGCACCUCAGCAGUCUGUCUGCUUCCAGAUAAGCCCGAAAAAUGCCCAGAGAGCAUCUCCUCCCCCACAGGCCCUGGCAUCCCCAUGGCUGUGUGCAGCCCCAUGGUCACACAUGCUCCCCCAGACUGUCUCCCUCCCGCCAAGCCUGAGAUGCCUCCAGGCCCCAUCUCUUCACUCAUGGGCCCAGGCACUCUGGCAGUGGUGGGCAUCCCCAUUCUGAUGGGAUCCAUGGCAUCCAUAGGUCCCCACACUGUCUCUCUCUCCCCGCAUAAGCCUGAGACACCUACAGAACAAGCCACCUCCUGCACAGGCCAAGGCGCCCUGAGAGCCACGGGCACCCCAACAUCUGCAGACACCCCUGCAGUCAGAGAAACUCCUGCUGUCUGUCUCCCCCCUGGCAAGUGCAAGAACCCUCCAGAGCCAGUCUCCACCCCCAGAGGAGCACACACCCGAGGGGCCCAGGGCACCUCAGCAGGCAUGGGCACCCUGGCACUCUGUCUCCUUCCCCACGAGCCAGCAUCCUCCCCCGCCAACCCCAGCUCCUGGGGAGCCGUGGAUCACCUCCUGUGCCAGAGCCCCAGGCACCUGUGCUGCCCGCUGUCUCCCCCAAGGAUCCGGAGCCCCCCCACAGCAGAGCUCUCCCGCCACAGCUCUGGGUACCUCCACAGCCUCAGGCCACCCCGCGGCCCCGGGCACCCGCAGAGCCGCCGACGAUUCGGCAGCCUGUCCGCACUCACGCAGCGCGUCUCCCGCACGAAGGACCUCGCCCGGCGCCUAGUUCCACGGCCUCGGAACAUCUCUGCACCCCAUCUCUUUCCCCACGGCCGCCGGACUCCGCGUCCGUACCGGCUGGGUCCCACGCAUAGGCCCAGUCUCUCCGCCACGAGCUCGCGCACACCCGGCCCGGGCAAGGCCCCUUGGCCAGCCGCCCCACUCAUCGCUUCAGGAUGA